AGAAGAGGCCAUAACCAGAGCUUCAAAUCCAGAACUCUCCGACGGUUGAAAACAAGGAAAAAUAUGGAAAAUAGAGAGAAGAAGAACAAUAACAAUAACAAGAAACAAAAGCAUCGCCACCAAUCAGGCGGCGCCACCGCCAAUCCAGCGCUUACCGAUUUCUCCUUCAAGCCAUCUACCGCUGUCAAAGGUCUCCGAUUCGGCGCACAAUUCGUUGUCAAAUCCUUCACAAUUCGCCGAGCCUGGCCUCUUGAAUUCCUCCAGCUACUUUCUCUGCCGCCGCACCACGACGGCAAUACGGACAGCGACAAUAACAACCAAAAUCGCCUUCCGUUCAAUUCCACUGCCGUGUUUCUGCCGACGAAUUUCACGAUUCUGGCGCACCACGCUUGGCACAAUCUGACGCUCGGCCUCGGCACGAAGAAAUCGAAGGUGAUUCUGUUUGUGUUCGAGACGGAGGCUCUGAAGGCUGCCGUUGGCCACAGGUGGCCGGCGGAAAUGACUCUCGGCGAUGUGAAUCGACGGCUGAUUCGGGGACUGAGCGGCUGUGAGAUGGCUAGGUUUGAAUUUAGAAAAGGUUGUUUAACUUUUUACGUGUACGCUGUCCGCGAAAGAGGAUGCUUCGGAUUCUCCGCCGCCGAUGAUUUGAAACGGAUUUUGCAGGCCGUUAUUGCGCUGAAUGAUUUUUUGGACUACACCGCCAUGCUCGCGUUGCCGCAUCAGAGAACUAUCAGUUACGGCGGCGCCGGUAGCAGAUUUAAGCCGCCGCCGGUUACCGUUGUUCAUUGAAUCCCGCUUCUCCUCUUCUUUUUCUCUCUAAAACUGAUCCCUGAAUUUCGUCCUCUGUUCAUCUGUUUGGAAUUGUAAUUUUCCAUCAUUUUUCCCUGAAAAUAAUGUAAAUUAAAUCGUCAAAUAA